AUGCGCACUGGUACCUUCGCUGCUUCCGCCGCCGCAUUCGCCGGCUUGGUCUCAGCUGUUCCGAGCGCAACCAUAAUCAUCGAGGCAUCCCAUGGCGGUGCCGGCAACGGCUUGACCAACACCACCAUCGUCGUCCCCGUGGGUCCCGUCUACACAAACCCGGACGCCCUCAGCACCGUAUCUACGCUCUACUUGACGGCAGCCUCAGAGGUGGCAGUCGAGAGCAUAUCAUGCACGCCCUACCAGACCACAAACGGCACGGGCGGGCACGGCCUGGCCUUCACCAGCAGCACGCCGUCGUUCCUCUCCACCAACACCGUGCAGGUCGGAAGCAUCGUGUGUGUGAGCAGCACGGGCAGCAAUGGCACCGCCACCACGGUCGCGCCUCGCCCGACCUCGACCGGGAGCAGCAGUGGCGGCGGCAACAACACCGCGAACGCUACGUCGACACUCCUGACCACUUACACACCAACGGCCGCUCCCACGAGUACUUCUGUACCAGGCACGAGCGGUGCCAUGAGCGCAAACGUGCCAUACGCUAUGUCGGCACUCCUUGUUGGUGCGGCUGGCAUCAUGUUCAGCCUGUGA